AUGGCGCCCAUAACCCCUACCCGCAGCUCAUCGAAAGCACCUACUACGCCACGGCAAAGCACCCUACGACGGAAAGGCGCAGAGGCCUUCGCUCGCUCUCCUUUUUCGUCGAAAAAUACAUUUCAACUGGACGACUUCAAGACCGAGGGUCGAGGGUCGCCUUCGAAGUUGAUGCAAGAUCAAGAGCUAGAGGCUGAGUAUGUCGCAGAUAGCUCGCCACGGGUGGCAUACACAUCGUUCGACCCGUUCGUACCUAAUAAUCUCGAAGCCUCAAAGCCCCACUCUUCGGUCGAAGGGGAAGAGGAAGAUGGGUUCAUAUUAACUGCCGAGCUUUUCGGUAGCUCGGAGAGUCCUUUCGAUGCAGAUGAUGAAGAAGGGUAUGAUCAGUCUCCAUCGCUACGACCAAGCACGCUUCGACGCAAGACAGGCGAACUAUUAGGUGGUCGCCCAUACUCGUCCAACCCGUUCGACUCAGAAGUCUCCGAGCUUGAUGAGCCAUCUCCAAGCCAGGUUGCACGCGGAAAGCCUCUCUCGUCACUGCUAGCACGGAUAGCGCCUACAAAGCGUGCCGAAGCUUCAGUUUCGGCAGUGUCAGCAGAGACAGAUUUUGGCGAUGCCACACUUGAGCAGACUUUAGCGGCAGAAGCUCUGUCGAAACAGCAUCUGGCUGCGUCCAUGUCGUCGCCGGGUUUGAGUACGUUGAAGCGGAGGUCAGCCGAUCUUUUUGCGCAGGACAGCUAUUUCCCGAGCAGCGCUUGGGAUGAAGAUGAUGACGAGCCCACCCAACGAUUUGAGAGGGUGAUACUUGAUCCGACUCAGCGUGAACGAGGUCUAACGUUCAAGUCGUUGCGUACUUUGAAAUCACCCAAAUCUUUGAGUGACCCGCUAUCGACUGUCAAGACUGAGGUUCAAGAUCAUGACGAGUCACGGGUCAUGCCAUGGUCCAAGGCCGAGUACAGAAGUUGGCCUGACAAGAAAGACCUCGAGGCCAACAUCCAGGAGUUUACGACGAACCGCUGUACGUUCGAGGGUCGGAUGCACUCCUCUGAGGUCAGUGUACAGUCAUUUGAGUCGCCGCCCAACGCAAGUGCAGGCUCUAGCAUGUUAGAAAGAGCCUUGGACAAUAUCCACAAAAUCCGUGGAGCAAACAUGACCAAACAAGAGCACGAUGAUUUCCUGCACGAACUUUUGGAUAAAGAGUGGGGUGAUCCGAAUGGCCUCGAUGCGCACGACGAGGUGAUGCAGCAGUUCUACCUUCGCAACAACGACUCACUGCCGGCCUCAAAUCCAGCUGGAUUUCCUCAUCUCAUCAACUAUCUCAGCUACACGACCGACACCGACUCGAUCGUACAGAACGCUCGCCCACGACUCGCCGACGCAGUCGCCACAACACUCUUACAGACGAGCCAUCGAUGCCUUGCCGACUUUCUCGACCCAGGCGUUCAAGUCUUCGAGUGGUGUCGCAACAAACAACACAUGAUGAUCCGCCGCGACGGCAAGCAUGUGAUCGUUGGCACAUAUCAAAACUACGGCACCUGCUACGUGUGGAAUUAUUUCGUGCGGUCUGAGAUCUCGGAGACUGGAGUGUGGAAAGAGGUGUAUGCUGGUGCGUCACAGGUCAUCACUCCUGUGUCGGCAGAGGGCAUUGAGUUUGACAAGCUUGUCCCGGGCGAGAGUAUCCAGGGUAUUGAUCCGACGGACGAGAAGUACGCACUGUAUGUUGGUCGUGCGUUGGGCCAGUUCAUGCUCUUAUGGGAGGUGUGGGAUUUUAAUGGAGGAUAUCUGAUUGAGUGGCAGGCGGACGGUGCAGUGAGAAAUGCGCGAGAGAUUUUGUACGAGGGUCUUCGCAUGGCGAGAGAAGAGACGGAGAAAGACUGA